GUCUACUUUACUUUCUCAUUAAGCAUAUUGGAUCACCUUUUCAAAACACGUUUAUUUAUUAAUGGCCUAAACCAAAACAUUUCAUUUUCGCUCCAGAUUUACUCGCUCAGCGAAACAGUGUCGUUCUUUUGGCUUUAAUAUCUUCAUCACGAUCUUAUACACCGUCGGAAUUGAGGCUCGCAACCAGGGAGGAAGAGACAGUCUCCAACCUUUCCUGUAUGUAUAGGUAACAUACAAAAACAUGAAAUGACCCGGAAAAUUACUUAGUGAAAAUCGUGAAUAUCACUCAUUCCUCUUAACCGAUUAAUGUCGCUGGAUAUUGUUAACGUGGAAGGAAGAAGGGUUACUUAAUUCAUUAGUAGAGAGGCUUUUUUGCAUCAUGAUCAUAAACUGAAGUAUUUAUAAAAAAAAUUAUUGGAUGAGGAUUUUGUGAUAACCAGAAUAAUCAAGGUCGAGGCAAGGUAAAUUUACUUAGAAUCUCUAUAAUUCCUUUGUAAGAUUGGGAGUAGAACAAACAACGCUCAUCAAAUAAUAAAAUGAAAAUUUAAGAAAUCACUCUUUAUGCCUCUCCAACUUCUUAAGACCGUAAUCUUGGUAUAAUCUUGGAAUGAAAUUUGCUUGCUGAUAGUAUGUUCUCCAACAAUUUACAUAUUACCGCUUUUAUUUGACUACUUGAUUUAUCUCUUUAUCUAUUCCGUAUAAAUUUAUAUUCAUCGACUCAUUUUUUGUCGCAACCAUGUCGAUCCUAGGUCUCAUAAAAUAUUAUUUGUAUGUAUGAAAUGUCUGAAUACUAUGUAGUCGCUCCGUUCACAUUGAGAAGCUCUAUCAUAUUUAUAUUUUUUUGAUAAAAUAUUGCAAAAAAAAUUUUUUUCCGUGUUGUUAUCUGUUAUAUUGCAUUUUGUCCAUUACUACUCUUUAAAUUUGCUUUUCAUGUGCUGCACCGGGAUAAGUUUAAACUUCCGGCGGGUCCAUGAUAUAUAUCGAUCUUUUAUCAAUAUAUACGUCAGAUCUUUUAACAAUUAUUGUUUACAUAAAUUAUACACAUGCAUAUAGAUAAGUUGCCUGACCGAAAACACAAAACCACAAGGUCCAGUGUUGUUGUCAUUUUGCAAUCAGGAUUUCGGAAUUUAUUUCGUCUCCUAAAUAGAGUUUUAGCUACACGAGCAUUGGAAACCGAAGAGGUCAUGGCUAAUGUCGAAAAAUAUCUCGCAAAAUAAAAACUGUUUUGUCUUCUAACAUGAUUUGUAUUCAUCUAUUCAUUUUCUAUUUAUUUCUUUGCCAAAGUACGAUAAAAAUUUACAAGGAAGCAUAAUGAGCUGGGUUGAAUAAAAUCUAUGAAGAGGAAACCUAAAUGAAACCAUGAGGCUUUCUCCAAACGAUUACAGAAGAAUAGGAAUAAAAGGCAUUAUUAGCGAUAUUAGAUUUUACAGAAAUAUUGAGGUCACGCAAGAGAAAACAAUUGGACAUUAUUCUCCCUAGGGUCAUGUUAUAUUGUUAACAUUUUAACGGCUCUUUUUUCUCCCUUUGCACACAAGCUUUCGCCAGCCACGAAUUGAUAUCACAGAGAUCAUUAUAAGAGGAAAUUCAGCCAAUCAUCUUUGACAGCAUUUGGCACUCUCUCCACCGCAAAAUGACAAAGAUGGCUCAGCGUCUUAAGAAGAAAUUUGUUGCUCUUGUUACAUGCAUCCUGUUAACACUACCAGGUGGUAAGUCGAUACAGACUCAGUACUAUGAACUUAAAUGUAAUUCUUUGUUGGAAGGUAGGCGCAACUAAAGAUAAAUUUUUCAUGUGGUUAAAAUGUCGAAUCUGUAUCAGCAGGAUUUGCCAAUACAUCAUCCCCAUCUGCAAGUGACAUUUCAUCGAUGAAUCCUAUGACGCCAUCCCCAUCUGUAAGUGACAUGUCAUCAUUGAAUCCUAUGUCGCCAUCCUCAUCAGCAAGAGACAUGUCAUCAAUGAAUCCUAUAACGCCAUCCCCAUCUGCAAGUGACAUGUCAUCGAUGAAUCCUUUGACGCCAUCCCCAUCUGCAAGUGACAUGUCAUCAAUGAAUCCUAUGAAGCCAUCCCCAUCUGCAAGUGGCAUGUCAUCAAUGACACAUAUGAUGCCAUCACAAUCUGCAAGUGAUAUGUCAUCAAUGAUGCAUAUGACGCCAUCCCCAAUUGCAAGUGACGUGUUAUCAACGAUACAAAUGAUGCCAUCACAUACUGCAAGUGACAUGACAUCAGUGGUGCAUACGAUGCCAUCCCCAUCGGUAAGUGACAUUUCAUCAAUGAUGCAUAUGAUGCCAUCCCCAUCUGCAAGUGACAUGUCAUCAAUGGUGCAAACGAUGCCAUCCUCGCCUGCAAGUGACAUGUCAUCAAUGGUGCAUAUGAUGCCAUCACCAUCUGCUAGCGAAAUGGCUCUAACGGUGACUAGCAUUAUUCCAACGGUAGCACCUACGUGUCCUUCAGGAUUUACAGGAAAUGAUUGCUCCAAAGGUAAGUGUUGAAUGCAUUUAGAUUUUGUUUUUCAUACGAUACCAGCACCUGUAACAUUGCUACAUGUUGCUAUUGUUUUUCUUUUUGCUGUCAUAGAUAUUGAUGACUGUGAAUACGAAAACUGUUCAGGAAAUGGAGACUGCCUUGACAGAAUAAAUGGUUUUAUAUGUGAAUGUAAAAACAAUUACUUCGGAAAAAACUGUGAGAAAAGUAAGUUUCGUUAGAUGUUCAUAGCGAAACUUUUAACUUACAAACCAUUUCUACUUUUGCGAAAAAGCAAAGAAAUAUCUGAUUGAAUUUGAGUGAGGACAAUUUAAGGCAAAUAAAUUUUCUCUGUAUUUGUCACUUUUUAAAAUUUUAAAAUUUUUUUUUAUAUUCAGCUCACAUUUCUUUCAUUUUGAAGUGUCUACUGAGUGUAGCCGCAUUGAAGGAUAUUGAUGAUUUUAGACUUGAAGGCGAUUGUCAAUAAGCGACCUUACGUCUACUUCUUUGAAAAUUUAGCGAAAGCUUAGCAAUUAUGGGCACUAAUUUGAUUUGAAACGAGAAAAUGUAUUUGGUUAUACCAAUGAAGAUAACACAUGUCUAACACAUAUACCUAAACAUUCUGUCUUAAUCCCGUCUGAAUUAUUCGCGUCUUUACCCUUAGAACUCAGUGCCUGUAAUCCAAACCCAUGCGAAAACGAUGGAACUUGCAGAGAAGUUGGUGAAACGUUCAAAUGCACAUGUACUUCAGCGUUUGAAGGGACAACCUGCCAAUCAGGUAUGGGUCUGUCUGACACUUUCCGUUCCAGUAAUAUAUCGUUCCAUCGAAGUACUGCUAAACAGGGAAUAAUACAUGUGCGCGCGUAGUAGUUAGUAAAAGCGGGUUCUGACGUUUUCUUUAAGUUAACCGUGAUUUAAAGGCAAAUCCCGAAUCUUAGCUUGAAAUUAAGGUUGAUUAAAAAAAAAGCUGUUGCACGUUUUGAAAUCAACCUUGCUUUCAAAGGUUACUUGCAUUUUUCACAGGUGAGUAUUGAAGAGGGUAUGAAUAUUAUCAUAUUGAAUGAUUCUCUUGUCACGCCAUCAGCAUCGCUGAAAUAGCGUUGAUUGUUGGCGUGAAGAUUUUCAUAUAUCAAUGUUGUAUCUUCUCGCAAGGAAGUCUUGAUGUGCCUUGAUUGUUUUUUCUGUCAAAAUUGUGUAUUUGUAUAUCAGGAGAGUAUGACAGUCUGAUUUCAGUCAUUUCUGAAAACGAUCUCCAGCUACUUUUGUGUAACUCCUCUACACGAAUUCUGCCUCUGUUGUAGGGGUUGCAGAAAAGUUGAUAAGUUUUUCAUUAUUGAACCAGAAAGAAGAAGCAUGAACGCUUGAAUCGUUGUCAGUCUCUUUCACGCAAUGACAGCUGGUAAUUUUCCAUCUCCCCGGAGCUGUUGGGUAUGUUUUUGGACAAAAGUCCAUUUUUUUUAAACAUACCUUACUCCUCCUUCAAAAUCAGUAUGAUAAAUCCAAAAGUGUGCUCUUUUUUGUCUCAAUGUUUUUACUCCACCAAUUGUUUAAUACUCUGACUCUCUUGACAGAGAAGUCCACUAGAUUCUAUUUCCAAUCAAAGGAUAUUUCAACUUGUUUUUUGCUCGAUAGCAAAACAGAGACGAUGCGGAAAAGAAGAGGACAAUUUGAUUGGGAGAUCGAAGACUGUCUUUAGAGAAAGAGAAAAAGUGUCUUUCACUGUUUUUCGAAGUGGAUAUUCUAGGUCUCCGUGAAAUUUUCUGUUUUGUGUUGUAUGAUUGUACAAUUCUGAUUGAUCGACAGCAGUGGCACAAAGUUUAUUUUGAUAAGAACUUCGCCGUGUGAGUUUUUGUGUGUAUGAUACCAGCAUGAUUGCUUUUUCUUUGAUGAAUGUCUCCAUGAGAAACUUCUUUUUGCAUAUUUUGACAAAAAAGAGAAUAAAUCAAUUGUUUCCGUUUUUCAUCAACCUACUUCUUGUUUGCUGCGUCUUCAUUGUCAACUGGAUUGGCAAGAUUGACGAUCUUUUUGUUGUUCAUAUCUUUAUCAGUCUUUUGAAUUGAUUCAUUAGGAUUGCUUGGGUCUAUUGAGAAACUCAUUUUAAUAGUUUUUUUCAAAUCAACGAAUUCCUUCAGAGGAAAACUCAGUUCCAAAGGAACAAUCUGAAACUCUGAAGCUCUUCUCCAACGGAACCACACUUUCAUAAAGACUGUCGUUUGCAUUGCUAUGCACAGUAUUGUACCCGUUCCCCAACUACAUGAUACGUUGAUAACUGAUAAAUUUGAAUGAAUGAAUACAGGACUUGAGAAGGAAAACAGCGAAGAAUUUGAUCCGCGAAUUCCUUCAGAGGAAAAUUCAGUUCCAAAGGAACAAUCUGAAGCUCUUCUCCAACGGAACCACACUUUGGUUCAUCCUUCAGAUAGAACAGGUUCAUUCUUAUUCACAAUUGAUCUCUCGAUAUCGCAAACCUUCAGCGACCAGAUUGGAUCUGACGCUCUCCGUUUGUUUCUAAUUCACUUUAAUGACAUCCACAUGCCACUCCGUUACUCUAAAAUUAUCACCUUCGCAGAUGAUAAGGUUAUUUUCACAUCCUCGAAAAAUUUGGAUGCUAUCAAACACAACCUUUCGCUCGUUGGUUUCGAGAUAACGAACUUAUCAUCAAUCUCAAGAAAGGUAAAACUGAUAUGGUGCUGUUUUGAAAACCAAAAAUACUAAACGGAUUCGAUGGUAAGAGCUAUCUAUGCGCUGGGGGGCUACCCUGUAUAAAUAUUCAGUAUUAUUAUUAUUAUAUUAUCAUCGUCAUAAUUAUUAUUGUCAUUAUCAUUAUUAUUAUUGUUAUCAUCGUCAUCAUUACUAUUAUUACAAAUCGCCGAUCAUUCCAGCUUAAUCACUGUCCGAAUGUCGUCGAUAAAUCGGCGAUUUUCUCGAUAAUCUGCGACUGUCGUUUGCAUUGCUGUGUGCAGUAUUGUACCUUGUUGAAUGAAAGCAGGCUGAAUGAAUACAGCACUUGAAAAGGAAAACAGCAAAUAAUUUGAUCCGUGUUCUUGCAAGCUUUCUUAUCCCUUCUUGGACCUCGUACUCUGUUCUUGCAUGCUCCCUGUGGAUGUUGUCGUCCUCAGUUCAAAUCGAGGCGUUUGACUUGUAUCUGAGUCUAAUAUGUCGUUUUCGCUGUUUCUUCUCUGUUUUUUUUCAAUCAUUUCAAUAUGUUGAUAUAUUAUUGUUGAUCUUUUUUAUACAGAGACGCCUACCCAAACAUUUACCGGCACAGUGAAACUGGAUCAAGAUUAUAAAGAGGACUAUGAUGACAUCAACUCACCAAGAUCUCGUGCCCUCAUGACAGUUUUGGACUCGAAAUUAAAACCAUUUUUCAAAAAGAAAUUUCCAGAUUUCAUAGAUAUUAGUUAUGAGCGUUUUUUCAAAGGAAGUGUUGGCGUUGACUAUGAAUUGCUAUUUCCAACAACCUCAACUGUGACUAAUGGCAACAUCGUGCAAGCUCUUAGAGAAGGUAAUGGUUCGAGCGAACUGGGAUUUUUGAGGCUGACGGGAGAUAUAACCGUAACGAAGCAGGUUGUUCAGACGACAGCAGCACCAACUGCAACCAAAGGUAACUUACAGUGUCUUUUUAUUUUUUAUGUUGCAUGUAUGUUGUUACCCUUCAACGAAGUUCAGGGUGACAUGCGUAAAAGUAUCCACCUUAUUCGUUUAACUACACUAAUUCGACAUGAAGAUUAUCACAUUUCCGGCUAGAACCUCUCUUUAGGACAUGUAUACUUUUAAGGAACAUUUCCACUCAAGGAAUAUAUUUCCACUUAAAACGCUUUCCCAACUAUUUUGUGUUUUCCAAAAUAGCAUUUCCCGUGAAAAAUGGACCUUUUAGGCAUAUUUUUCAUGUCGAUUCCGUAAAAUAUCGUGCUUCUUUCCAGACACUGUAAAAUGUUGGCUUCAAAGCAGCACUAUUUAGGCAAAAAACACGGAAAUUUCUCCUAUGUAAUAAAAGCAAAAUGCUUCACUUUUCACGGAUUAAGAAAAUGUGUUGCCUCAAAAGAGCAACAUUUUGUAUAAUUCAACGGAAAGUUGAACGUAGGUGCAUUUUACUCAUACAAAUAUUCAACUUUUAACUGCGUUGGUUGUUAAUGGUCUGCUCGUUUAAAUGGAACGAUAAAGUCUUUGAUUUUAACCCUUAAAAUGUUUAAGCGGCUUUUCUUUUCAAUUUUAUUUGACAUGGUAUUACGAACUGUAAUGCCGAAAUUCUGCAAGGUUUGACGUCUAUUAUAAACACGAAGUAGUCGUAAUUGGUUUCGUAUAAAUUCUGAUUUAUUCCACUCUGAUAUCGUACAGAAAGAACCCCUCGAGUUAAAUCACACGCCCCUAAUAUACACACUAAAUUUGAUAUCCUACAAAAACCAGUAAAUCAAGUUGUUGUCAUGUGCUCUCUUUGUACAAACAAAACGAAAAGCGUGACGACUUUGAUUACAUAACAAAUACGCGUGACUGUUUAUGACAACGUCCAAUGCUUCAGAAAUUCUCCACGGUAUGGCGUCCAAUGCUGCAGAAAUUCUCCAUGGUUUGACGUCCAAUGCUGCAGAAAUUCACCAUGGUAUGGCAUCUAAUGGUGCAGAAAAUCUCCAUAGUAUGGCGUCUAAUGCUGCAGAAAUUCUGUAAGGUACGACGUCAAAUGCUGAAGAAAUUCUGCAAGGUUUGACGGCCGAAGCGUGCAAAAAUUCUGCACGCCUUGACGUCCAGUGCUGCAGAAAUUCUGCAUGGUAUGGCGUCCAUGAUGCAGAAAUUCUGCGAGGUUUAACGUCCAAAGCUGCAGAAAUUCUGCACGCCUUGACGUCCAAUGCUGCAUAAAUUCUGCACACCUUGACCUCCACUGCUGUAGAAAUUCUGCACGCUUUGACGUCCAGUGCUGCAUAAAUUAUGCACGCCUUGACGUCCCGUACUGCAAAAAUUCUGCACGCCUUGACGUCCAAUGCUGUAGGCAUAAAGAGCUCAUUUGUUGCAGAAUAAGAUGAUCCGUUCAUUUUUAAACAAAUUUAAAGUUAGACGACCAAGGAAUGAGGACACUUUAAGCUGAAUUUACAUCACCAUCACCGAGUGACGAUAUCGUAAAUAAUUCGUAUGAGAUAAAUGUUUUUCCACGAAGUUACCUGUUCAGUAAUUUCCAUUUCAACUGACGAUACAAGACUUGAGAUUUUUGACUCCUCUUCCUUCUGUUUACAAGAUGAUGCACCACUGUUGAUUCAAUAGCAUCCAAGAAAAUUACUCUUUCACUGUCUUGGUGUCAUUUGCCUUGAAACAGAUCAGUGUACAAUUACAGGGGUUUGUAAGGUCUCCUUCUGUAUGUAUGGAUCUGAAAAGUUAAAAGAAGAGAAGUUACAUCAUAUGAACAUUUUCAAAACAGGAUAUAUGAAUUCAUCAACACUAUCUUGACUAUGAUUUGAACAGGUCCUGGUGUAACAAGGCCAGCUUGGCUUUUGCGCAGAUAAUGUUUUACUGAAGUUUAACUUAACUCAACCUUUCCUAUAGAUGGAGGAACUAAUUCGAGAUGAGAGAGGAUAUUGCAGCCUACGACGAAUUUUCGAAAAAUCAGUUCACGCGUCACGGAUAUAAAAGGGAAAAUUUGAAAGCUCUCCUCAUAUGUGCAUAGUUUCAGGGAAAUCUUAAGGUUUUCACGCUAUAGAAAAAAAAAUUCAGAGUUCAAGUAUACUUCAGGCCUCAAAAAGUUUCGUAAAUUCACGAAUAACGUGAACCUUUCAGUAAAAUUCACGCGUUACAUCUUAACUUUGGCCUUCAUCACGCGUCACGUAUAAACCCUUGAUGAUGCACCAAUUUAUUCAUACCUUUAAGUUUCCUCUCAGGAGGUGAUUCUCCAGAGGGUCCAGCAAAAGAAUGUGUUGACUCUUGCAAAGAUUCGGCGCCGAUGAUUUUUGGUGAAAUGGUCAAUUCUUGUUCCUGUUCAGUAAAGAUACGCAGCUCCUGAUUGUAUCAUUCUACUACACCAUACUUCCAAUGCUCCUAUUCCCCCUAUCUUUCGGAGGCAUCUGGCGCACGAAGAAUUUAACGGACGCGAAUCAGAUGUGAGUUAGUUCAAGGGCUAUCUUUUUUCAAAGCUGACACACCUAUGAAUCACCGAACUCGUGUCUUCUCAAUAUUUCCUCUCUUGUGAUAAAAUUUAGGGAGAAGAGCGGCGAAGAGAAAAAAGUCGCAAACAACUACUUUUCCGUCUGAGGUUGUCACACCUUCAAAUCAAUUAAGAAUUUGACAUUUUCCCAUGAGUACUAAUCUAAUCAACUUAGAAGCUUCCUUGAUUAUUUCUCCUGCUCGUUAACUGUUCGAAAUGCCUUGCAACUAUAAGACCUUGUCAACACUAUACCUUUUAAAUCCGAAAUUUGAGUUUUUUUCUUUACCGUACUGAGGAAACCGAUAUAUUUUUCUUCCUUCUGGCGGACUGUGCCUAAACUGUAACUGGGACGUGGGACUCGGGGACGUGAGACUCGGGGACGUGAGACUCGGGGACGUGAGACUCGGGGACGUGAGACUCGGGAACGUGGGACUAGGGGACAUGAGAAUCGGAGACCCGAGACUCGGGGACGUGGGACUCGGGGACUUGAGAAUCUGAGACAUGAGACUCAGGGACGUGAGACUCGGGGACGUGAGACUCGGGGACGUGAGACUCGGGGACGUGAGACUCGGGGACGUGAGACUCGGGAACGUGAGACUCGAGGACGUGAGACCCGGGGACGUGAGACUCGGGGACGUGAGACUCGGGGACGUGGGACUCAAGUUAGUAGUAGCCAAUGGUUUUCAGCGUCCAUGGCUCGGCCGGACAUGUUUGCUUGCCUAUUUGACCGUGAUAACUCUGGGUACAGAAUAGUUUCAACGCAAGGGGUCUUGAAACUGUUAAAAACAUCGUGGGCAGCUAUGGAGGACUUUCUUGGUAAGUAACCGUGUUUUCUUCUCGAUCUUUAUAAUCAUACUUCACAAAUUCAACCCAAAAAUAAGGUUUAUUCAUCACGUUUCCGAGUCUCCACGCGUCCCCGAGUCCCCGCGUCCCACGUCCCUGAGUCCUAUGUCUCCUAGUUCCACGUCCCUGAGUCGGACGACUCCUAGUCCCACGUCCCUGAGUCCGACGUCUCCUAGUCCCACGUCCCCGAGUCCCCGCGUCCCGCGUCCUCGUUCCUCGUCCAGGUCUCCAAGGCCCACUUCCUCGAGUCCCAGCCCUCGCGUCCCCGUCCCACUUUAAGUCACAGCCGUCCCGGCGGGCCAUAACUACACUGGCGGCACAUUGGGCAUGCACUCAAUUAUGGUUAACUUCACAGGUAUAGCUCGCAUAGUCAAAGAUAUGAAGUCUCCAUUCGUGUGCACUACAUACCUAAUCGGCGAACAAAGGUUUAGUAUUUCGAUUACAACUCGUAAGCUGUGCACUGUGCAAUUUCACCAAUAAGGGACAAAAGUCCCUCCAACCUAUUGUUUUACAAACCGCCACCACCCGCCCAUAAUAUAUCAAUAAUCGUAGAAUUGCGCUCCUGUCAGACUCUAGGUUGAGUUAACUUGUAUCUGUCGAACAAAAAUAUUUGAACCGAUGAUGGUGAGUACACCGGAAAUCAUCUCAGUUCUACGACCUAUGUUGAUUUUUACGUCGGAUUCUGGAAAUCACCACCAGAGGAAAGACUUCCCAAUGAAGAUCGGUGGGUUGACUUCGAUGACUCACACAAUUCUUUGCAUGCAGGAUCUUUCAUUUAUAGAGAAAUAAUUCCAAAUUUAGAGAGUCAAAUAGAAAUGGAAGGUAAAGUUAAAAACACCUGAAUACAAAGUAUCACAUGCAGUCAAUUCAGUGUCGAUAACUUUUCAAAUUUCAAGGCUGAUAAGAGGUCAGAAGUGUACAAUAUAUAUGCAUUUCAAAGCACCUACCUUAUUGUUUUAUUGUAAACAGUUACUAUGACCGGUAGCGCGAACUUCAGUAGUAACGUAUCGUAACGAUAAAUAAAAUUUAGUGUUAUCAGUUGAGUUGAUUACGUAAAUUGGCCACCGUAAAGAGCUUAAAGGCUGACGUUUCGAGCGUUUGCCCUUCGUCAGAGCGAUUGGGUAACGAUAAAUUAGAGCGAUUAGAUAACGAUAAAUGGUCUGAGGGAAACUUUGUUUGCCUGGUAAAUAUCACCGAUAUAAUUAAAAUUUUUUACCAAACGGUUAUCAAAUCGUCAUGUCUGAGUUUAGACUAUCACUUAGUUAUGAAUUGUAUGUUUUCAGUCCUCAAUGAAGAUGUAGAACCCACAAACUUUUGAUAAAAGCACAUUUUAGGCCAAUUUUAUUGUUGCAAAAAUUGAUACGAUGCAUAACUCACUUCGGUUGAAAUACACUUCGAUAAGAAUUGGCGAAUUAUUUCAGAUUUCUUGGAUUCCGUCGUUGUCUUCAAAGUAGAACCCGGUCAAAAUCAGAAGGCGUCCUCUCAAUGGCUUUGUAGAGUGGGUCUGCAGUUCAUCAUCCCUUUCAUUGGUUUGUGACUUAUUGGGCAACAUUGCACACAGGCGGCCCAAGCUCCAGCUGUGAGAUGAUCAUCUUGCGCAAUAACAGUCAUGGCGGAAUUAUAAGAGUUUGUAUGGGAAUAUUUACGACCGCUCUAAGGAAUUAAAAUAAUACGUGAAAUUCUCAAAAAAAAAAACCUCACCUUACUUCCACAGCGUAUUGCUUGUUAUCUGACCGCUUACUUUGAUGAAAAGAACGCGAGUUGUCCAUUUGGAGGUUUUCAACGUCCAUAAGAAAAGCCAAAUCUUUUAAAAUAGGUCAAAGGACUGAAAUUGUGACUAGUUAAUUUUUUUGGCUAGAGGAGGUUGCUUAUUUGCUAUAUAACAAACUCCAAUUUUAUUAAAGUAAUAUUUUUCAUUCAGUUUUUGUAUCUGAUCAUAAAAUAAAGUUAAGUGACUUGAACUGUACGUUGUAUUGCUUACUUUCUUAACAUUUUAAUAUUCUAAAUUUUAACAUGUGGCAUUGAGCCACGUGCUAUUUUAGUUACAUAAUUUCUAAUGAAAGUUAAUUGACAGAAUAUUUGUGGCAUCUGUUUCUGACUGGUUGGAGAAAAACCGUUGUAUUCCUGUAUCCAUCACGCCAUGAGUGAAUUUCUGCAACAUCUAAUGAAUGAGAGGAUGCAGAAUUUCUACAACAUCCAGUGUUUGAGUGGUCAAAGUAUUUCCGUGACAUUCAGUGUAUGAGUGGUCGCAGAAUUUCACCUGGUGAAAUAGUGGUUGCAGAAUUUCUGCGAUAUCCAGUGAAUGAGUGGUCGCAGAGUUUCUGCGACACCCAGUGUAUGAGUGGUCGCAGAAUUUCUGUGACAUUUAGUGAAUGAGUGGUCACAGGAUUUGCGCUUAUUUUAAAUAUUUCUUUGAUUACGUAUUUGGCCGGUAGGAGGCCUUUCAUGCGGUUUACCACUAACUAUGGAUUCAGGCCGUGCUUUAGAUCCGCGGUAAAGGUAUACAACAUUCAUAUCUCAGGUCUUUGGUACAUCGUUCUUUCUUGAGUAAUAACCUCAGCCUAGAGAAAUGUGGUGAAACAACUAACUGAUCUAACUAUCUUUCUUAUUCUGUUUACGCAACCGCUGAAUCGUAAAACAAGAAAUGUGCUUCAGAGCCGAUCUACUCUUUCAAGAAAUCUGGAUCAGAGCUGACUUUCGAAAAAACCCAGCCCACAGUUGCAUAUACAAAUAGCAUCCACACUUAACAUCGUGAGCUUGCUGUGACUAAAUCUGGAUGAUGUUUUGUGCCAUCUUCAGUUAUGAUAAGAUCUCCUGUUCUCAGGGCUCUCUCUCUCUCACUUUCUUUUUACAGAAAAAUCGACAAUCAAGGACUGGGAGAUCGUGCUAAUCGCAGCUGCAACAAUUGUCUUUUUUCUAAUGGUGGCUAUUGGCGUUUUGGCAGUGAGUAUUCAGUUAAUUUCUUUGCAUUUUUGCAAUGCGUAUUUAAUCAUCAAAACUACCAACCAUGGAAGGAUCGAAUUUGGUGUGCUCGGCAACAGAUACACAUGUACACCCUGUUUCAAUUGCAUACAUGUAAUCGGCUGCUCUAAGUUCUUGGUGACAAUUUGUCACUCGCUUGAAAUCAAAUGAUUGAGAGCUUUACUGUCGCGUCAUUUAUAUUGGUGGGGUAAGGAAGUGACGAAAGGCAUUUGAGAGAGAGCUGGUGGGAAAAAAUUGAACUUUCAAUUCGUUUCUUGGGCGUGAAAUUUUUUUUUCAUCACGAUGGGUUGGUUGUAGGAACAUGAUGGUGCACGGCAUGGCUCCGACAUAUUUCUAUCAUGUCAACUACUGAAAAUUAUCAAGCAGGGUUAUGGCUAUAAAGACAUUUAGGCACAGGCGGUGUAGUUUCCUGCUUAAGAGUUGCUCGAGCGUUCUUUUCAUUUACCCUUCUCUAUUUGAACAGGUGAAAUACAGAAACGCUGUUCAGGAUGAAAAGAAAGAAUUGUAUGCCCUUGAUGGAGACUGGCAACUAAUGGAAAACGGGUAUAAUGGUUUGAGGGCUCAGCCGCAGGUUUGUCGACCAGUGUCUUUUGGGGCUUACAUUGUUUUGUGGGGGUAACGAAGGAUGCCAUCUGUUGCUAACAGAGUUUAAAUGGAAGAACAUAGAAAGUUGACUGCCAAUGAGGGGUGGGGGAGGGGGGGGAGAGGGUCAUUAGAAUGCUACAGAGCCUUAGGAAAGGGGAUUAGGUAGAUUUUAUUGCUACGCAACCACAUUCCUUCCCCCCUUCCCGACGAUAAAAAAUAGAUGGUUUUCAAGACAUUUCCAUUGAUUUUUCCUCGCCUAACUGAUCUUGGUAUCUUUUUUUUACAGAGCUAUGCGUCUCCAACGUAUGACAAAGUACCUGGAUCUGAUAACAAGGCAUAUCAGCAUGACAGUGCAUUGUAAAUUUAAUGAAAAACAAAAAUCAUCAACGAGGUCGAAAUAAUCAGCCAGUUUAAAACGCCUCUUACAACUCUGUGGCCUCAUCCUAACAUUGGGCUUUUAUAACACAACGACCUCAAUUUAGAUAUUCAAGCGUUUCCAAGCUGAUAGUAAUAUAAGUUUGUUUCUCUGAGGUAUCACUUAACUUGACGUGCGAUAAAUUCGUUACAUGCUAUUUCAAAGAGAAAAGAUAAACAUUUUAGGGAUUUAAGGAUCUAGAAAGUGUAACCGACACUGAACAUAUGUACACAGUUUUUUUUCAAGAAUUUAUUUUACCAUUGUCCAGUUAACAAACAGAUAAAUUCAAUGCCGUGGGCCCGUUUGGUAACAGAUCGGAUAUCAAGUCAACUUGACGUGUUGAGAGAAUCUGUGGUCAGUUACACUCUCGCCUGCGUCUUGGGUGGUUGUUGGUACAUCAUUUUGACAUGUCAUGUACUUCUUAUCUUACAGAGACAGUAAAGUGAUAUCUGCAAAGCUGGAAAGGCUAGACUUAUUUGGCGCACGUGCAAAUCUCCUAAGAUUUUAUAGGAUGUUAUUCUACCUAAAAUAGCAAGGACAAAAAAGGAAAUUUGAAUCAAGAACAGCGAUACGUUCGCGUGAAUAAUGAAAUUGUUUGUCGGUCAUCCUCAGAGGUACUUGUGCAGCGGGAAAUAUUUGUUACUUAACGCAAACUUCACGAUGCAGAGAACUUAGCGAGUAAAGAUAAGCUAAAAGGCUGGGACAGU